AUUUGAACCAACAUCGAGUUUUAAGCUCCACCUUAAAAUUCAGGUCCCUUCUUCUUACUAGCACCAGAGACUGAACCAGGAGUCUGAAGCGUUGUAGCCUUAGCUACGGUCACAAAAUAGCGCAGAAGGAGGCAUAGAAAACCUCCAAAGUCCCACAAUGAACUUCCAGGAGGCUUCCACAGAAGUGAGGCAGCUACUGAACAAAGUGAACCCAGCUGAGCUGCCGAAGCUAUUGGACUGGAUCAGAAACUCGGAUGAACUGGACGAGUUGCUGCUUGACAACAGGAAGGUGAUGCUGCGCAGUAUCGCAGAGGACCUGAGGACAUGUCUUCCUCUGGAUGCUAUUUUUCCUACAGAAGUUGCAGCUCACCAAAAGAUGCAGAUGUGUGCUCAACCAACGGUUCAUGUGGAUGCUUUUCUGUACGAUGACCAACAUGUGGACGCUCUGUGCGAAGAGGGAGCCAUGAGUCGCAACUAUUGCCUUAACUGUGGUUCUCACAAGACCACCCCCCUGGAUUUCAUCUCUCACUCAUUUUCUAUACCGGAGCUUCAGUUCCUGUUCCAGAAUGUUUUACCAGACCUGAGUGGACGCACAUUGCUGGAUGUUGGCUCUAGGCUGGGGGCUGUACUUUACGGGGGUUACGUGUACAGCUCAGCGUCCCAGCUGCUCGGUGUCGAGCUGAGUGAAGACUUUGUCAGACUCCAGAAAAAAAUAGUGGAAAAAUACAGACUUAACGACAGAGUCCAGGUUCUCCAGGCUGACAUCUGCACUCAGGAUGUUCUGCUGCAGAGUGUCGACAUCCUAAUUAUGAACAAUGUCUUUGAGUUCUUCAUGGAACCCAUUAAGCAAGUCAGAGCGUGGGAGUUCAUCAUUCAGAACUUCAGAAAGUCUGGUUCCCUGUUAGUGACUGUUCCCAGUCUUCAAGAGAGCCUAGAUGCACUGCAGGAGGCACUGCCCACUGGCUGGGUGGAGGAACUGCCUGUGGAUUAUGAUGUGUAUGUGGACAAAGAUGCAGACCCUGAUGCCCUCAGACUGAUCCACUUGUAUAGAGUCUUAUAAGAUAUUAUAUAACAUGUCAGCAGAAGAGGCUGAAGGUUGAAGGUCACAGUGCAGCAAAAAUGCAGCUGGUAUUUCACCAUACAUUGUGACUGGAGAGACCAACAGGUCAAGGCUCCCUGAAGGACAAGUCCACCUGCACAGAGACAUUGGACGGACAGUUUUACUUCACAGAUGAAUUAUUUUUGUGGUAUUUGAAGGCCAUCAUAGCCUCAUGCUGCCAUGGUUGAAAAUUGAACAGUGAUCAGAGGGCACAUUUUUUACAGAUCAGUUUGGUCUCAGAAAGAAUAAACAGCUCAGAAUCAAAUGAAAGAAAACCAGCAUGUUUGUUUUGAUAGUGAUGUCUGCAAUUUUUAAUGAUCAAAAGGUAAACAGCUACAGUUUACAGUUGACAAAUUAUUCAUUCGUUUUGUGAAGUAACUAGGCAGUUUACUACCACAUUUUUUUUAAUGAUUGGUCUCUAAAAAACGUGGUUAAUACUAAACAUCUUGGUCAAGAUUUGUAUUCAUUUUGUCUUGACAUUUGGGUCGGUCAUUACCGACGACGAUCUAAGGAAAUUAUUGUUUUAUUUUGACCUUAACCCACCGCAAAUUAGCGGUUCUGUAUUAGUGUUGCGUGUGUGUGCGCGCGCGCGCGGACGUGUGUUAGGUAAUCCAGAUUAGCCAAUGGUUAGAGGGGGCGAGAGUGACGACACAUCCAGCGAAAAACUGACUUUGUAGAAAAGAAGCUCCGCCUAUUUACUCGCCCGGCAUGGUGUGUUCAGGCACUCACAACAGUAUGUCACACGUGUGUAUAACAGAGUUUUGUUACAAAAACAAAAACUUUGUGUAUAUUUUUAUAUGAUAAUAUAAAUUUGAAUUGUUUUGAAAAACAAAAACCAUUAACCUCUGGUUAUGUAAACCAGAGCUUGACUUUUUGUUUUAACUGAGCGUAGAUAAUAUCUGGUAUGGCAGUUUACUUAAUGUAGGAUAAAUUCAAAUUAAACAGUACUGUAAAAGCGCUUGGGAAGUAGGACAGGCACGUAAAGUACGGACUAAAAGACAUCAAAGGAGGAAAAAAGGCUGCCUUUAAUCCAUGGCAACAGCAUGUUUACUUUAAUGACAUCACUGUUCAAAGCAACCGGAGUAACGCAUCGCAUUUCGAAACAGUAAAUAUACUGUUUCGAACAGUUACAGCGGUUAAAGUCAAGUAAAUUAUAGAAUAAUAAUACAUUUGUGCAACAGUUGUUAACGCCUACAUUCGAAAUACUUUCUCAUAUUUACACCGGGAAAAGACGUUUCUCGACUCUUCGCCCACUUUCCAA